CCAGUAGAAGAGGAUGAGGUCUUCCCCGACGAUUACGAUCCUUAUGAGGGAGCUCCAGCGACUCCGAUCGAGGCACAACCUCUUAUCCAUGUACAUGACACCGAGUCGCAGGGUGAGAUUCUGUCCAUAGAGGCACAACCUGCAGUGGUUAAGAGUCGGAAGAGGAAGAGAAAGCCUCCUGUAUGGUUCGUGACUAUACGGAGAUGAAGAGGAGACAUAGGCCAUCUUCGACUUUUGAUCCCCUGGAGCCACCGGACGAGAAAUUGUUAACCACUUUCCGAAAGUGGUGUGUUGGACUCAUUCCGAACCACCGACUUCGGGAUUUGAGAAGUGGUGAUUACGGUCCAGGAUUCUUUUGGAUAAUGCUCACACCAAAGGAAUGGCUUACAGAUGACCAUAUAGAUGCAGCAAUGCAUAUGCUGAGGAGGCGACGCACCGACUAUCCACUGACAUUUCCUCAGAAGGGUAUCAUUCUCUCCACAUUCGUGACCGCCAUGAUCAGCAGUGCAUGGACGAGCCACAAGGGUCCGAGGAAAAACUUUAAAUGGGAGGAAUAUAUCCUGGACUACUGCACAGGGUUUCAUAAGUCCCAAGUCUUUGAGAGAUGGAGGGGUAACGAGUUUAUUUACUUCGUUCUGCACCUUCCCACGGCAAGACACUGGGUCACAGUUGAAGUGGACAUAGAGCUGUGGAAAAUUAAUGUCUACGACUGUGAUUCCAGCGUCUGUCAUUGGACCGCCAUGGAACCCAUCUUGAAGGUUUGGUCAGAACUGCUGCCCUCGCUAAUCCUUGCAACCGGGGAAUUUCCACAUAACAACCAGAUCAUGGCGUUAGCUAACGGUGACAUCACGGUGCUUCCAAAAAUGCACGCGAGUCGAGCCACUCACGACUUAGUUCCGAAGUCAGCAACUGUACAUAGCGAUAAAAAAGUACUAUAGUAUUAAAAUAUGUUUUACGUUAGACUGACUUUACAUUUUAUUUUGCAUUUAGUGGUGAUUGUGGCGUGUAUUGCAUUGAGUAUGUGGAGCAUCUCAUGAUGCAGCGUGGAUUGACCGAUGUGACGCCAGACCGGAUAGCCAUGUUUCGUCAACGGUGGUGUGUCGAUUUAUUUUACCAAAAUGUCGGCUGAUUAUAUUUUUAAUUAUUGGGACAUUGUAUAUUUUGUGUAAUUAACAUUACAGUUAUGUAUAUAUAGAUUUUCUUUUCGUUCAAA